AUGAGGCCAAGCCGGAACGACUCGAGCAUGCAGGCGAAAUUGAUGAAGAUGGCCAAGAAGGGAUCGGCGAGUGGGUCGCAACAGGCCCGUGGUUUACCAUACAUGUCCCCUUCUCCUACAUGUCUAUAUCUUUCUUCCUUCUAUCAAUUCUUUCUUGAAAUUUCCACCUCAAAAUCUUACAACCCAAAAACUCCCACAUUCUAUCCCCCUUCAUCGUCCUCAUUAUCUUCACCUUCUUCACAUCAAUUCUUCUUCCAAGCUCGACUAGCUUUGCAUUUACUCACCCCCUUCCUCACAUCCCGACAACUUAAUCAGCUACAAGUUCCUCUCCUCCAGCCCAACUUGGAUAUCUGGGUGUUGAACAUCAAUUGGUUUCAGAAGCAACCAAAUGGGAACGACGGGUAUUUUAAGAUGGACCCUGAAAAUUAUGACAGCUACGGAGGAGUUGUACAUGCCGAGUAUUGUUUUCAGGCACAUGUCACAUGUUUGAGCGCAUUUCAGGCUCCACUUGAUCCAAGCACUGCCUUGGGAGGAUUUUCAGGAAACAACUAUACAGAGGCUUCUGCAUUCAUUGUCACCUACCCAGUUAAUAAUGCAGUUGAUGAUGUAGGAAAUGAGAAUGCAAAGGCAUUGGCUUGGGAGAAGGCUUUUAUUCAGUUAGCAAAGGUAUAA